GCCGAUCAAAACUUCUCCUCAGCCAAGUUUAGCACCGAACCGGACCCGAAUUCAGACGUUCAUUUGUUAUCCGACAACAAACCCGCUCGACCGAAUUCCCUUUCUAUUCCUGAUCACGCCGACAAAUCGGUUGAAACCAGCAGUGAAUUCCGAAUUCAAAGGGAUUUCGUCGAAGUGGUGGGAGCCGAUAGCUCAGGCACACAUUCCUCUCCUACGGUGUCUAGCAAUGGUCCAAAUAUGUCGCCCUCGUCAGAAAUCGCCAGCUCCAAUACGGAGGAAGUCGUGACUCUCAGAGAGUCCAUACGUAUUCUCACCGAGAAGCUCAGUCAUUAUGAGGCGAUAAUUGAAAACCUGGAAGCAUCAGGUAGCGAGCAGGCCAUUUUGACUGCGCGUGCGGAGUGCGAGGCAUUGCGUGCACAGGUUAGUAACUGCGAGGAACAGUUGCGCGAGGUGCGGGAGAACCACCGACGUCUCAUAGAGGAAGCCCGUCAACACCGUUCAGAGGUUCAACUUCUGCGUGAAGAGCGGGACCGCCUCGAGGCUUCUCUGUUGGAGAUGCAACGCAAACACGAAUGUCUCCUCACUGACUGCAAUCCCCCUGAUGGUGCUGCUGUUUGCCAUAAUGUUUGCAAUUUUCUCAAAAUUUGUGGGUUGAGGGAAAAGUGA